AUGCCUGCCUCCACCCCCACCAUCUGCGCAGCUUGCGGCUCAAACGCCACCCUCUACUGCGCCGGCUGCCUGAACCCCCCCGCCUACCUACCAGGCCACACCAUCAGCGCCACGUACUGCACCCGCGCCUGCCAAAAGCGCCACUGGCCCGUCCACAAACAUGUCUGCAGAAUGAUGGCGCAGCGGAUUAAGCUCCACCGCGCCGCCCACAUCCUCAAGACCGCGCUCCUCACCUACCGAGCGACCCUGUACGACAUCGCCCUCACGAAGAUCGACCUCCGCGACGGGACGCUCUACCUGCACCAGGAGGCCAGAGACCCCGGUACCCGCUGUACUGCCGCGAUGGCGCUGUUGAGUGGGUUGAUUAGGGGGCUUCUGGCUGAUAUGGACACGCGAAUCGAAUUCAUUGACCUCCAGAUCGAGAAGAAACCCCGUCCGACGAGACUCGUCCCCGGCCCUGACCCGACGGGGUGUCCGCAUACCGUGCUGGUGGUGACGAUGCGCCUGUCCGGUGAAAAAUGGGUGCUCGAUCCUACGGGCGGACAGUAUGGGUAUCGCGAGGGUCUCGUCCCGUUUGCGCGGUAUCUGGAUGAGCGGGAGGCGAGGCCGUGGGGGUCUCCGGUGCCGUAUGAUGCGACGGAGACGUCGGAUCUGGAUUUUCUGGUCGGUCUCCCGAGGUUGGGGGCGCGAAGGAGGGAUCUGGAGGUGGAGAGGAGGGCGAGAGUACAUUUUGCGGGGUUUGUGAGGUAUAGUGUUGGGAAGGAGAUGUUAGCUGGUACUGCGGAAGAGUUCGAGAAGAGGUUGGAGGGAUUUAAUAUGAGGUUGAAGGCGCAUUUGUUGGAAUUCCGUGUGUAG